GUGGCAAGUCUGCAUUCAGGUGAAAUGGGAGGCAGUGUUCCACUUCUUGAACUAGGCCAACUAUUAGGCAAAAGAUUUCCCAAGCCCCAUUUAUUGAAGGGCUAUUCCUCGUCAAGUGUUUGAACUUUACGCGCCGAACAGUAUUAUCUGUUGUAACGUCACUGCAUUUGGCAACGGCGCAAUACUUAAAACGUCAGUCAUUUGCGUUUACUUAAAACCGAUCAGCCGGCAACUGCAUCUCAGGGGUUGUGAAUGUCGUUCGUUUUCUUAAUUUCGGAGGUACAACUACCGUCAUGAGUGUAAAUCUUCGCUCAUUUCUCUAUGACAUGGAAAACCUGAUUCGACCUUAAGCCUGAAAAGACUGUUGCUCAUACCAAACAAGGAGCUUAGUGGCAGGAUGACACUUCGCACAAACAUUGGACUCACUCACAGGCCUGGUACUCUGGCAACCAUGCCCUCCCCUGUUAUGGUGCAGUCUGCCCCAGCUCAACCAUCUGGAUAUGACACAGGUCUUUCAGUCAUGGAACCCAAGGCCAAUGAAAUUAUUGAACAGAAUGAAAAUGGUGGAGCUGAGGCAACUAAUAUCAAUAACUUAUUGGCAAACAAUAAAGAAAAGACGCCAAUGUGUCUGGUUAAUGAGUUGGCUCGGUACAACAAGAUCCCUCAUCAGUACCGGCUUACAAAUGAACAGGGACCAGCACAUCGCAAACAGUUUACUGUUACACUUAAACUAGGUGAAGAAGAAUACACAGCAGAGGGGGCUAGUAUUAAAAAAGCUCAACAUCAAGCAGCAAGUAUUGCACUUUCAAAGACAAACUAUAAGCACCCACCCUCUAAGCCUCGUUCUAACAUCCGUGUCGGAAAAAAUAAUAUUACACCUACUGUUGAACUAAAUGCAUGGGCUAUGAAGAGAGGGGAGCUGGCAACUUAUCACAUGAUACCUAAUGCCUUGCCACCUAUUCCUCAUGUGGGACCGCCAUGCCCAGCAAUGGCUCCAGGUUUGGGUCCCAUGACAAAUUACAUGCCUCCUGUAGGACCACCACCUCAUAUGCCCUACCCUGGAUAUAGUAACUUUAGACCUCCAUAUAAUCAUCAUCAGGUUGAAUUUCAGAUUCGACCUCCAAACCCCUGUGGAGAAAUGGCAGCGUGGGGACCUCCCCGACCCACUAUCAAUAUGUAUGCAAGACCUCACCUAUCAAAAUAUGAACAGCAGCGGUAUUAUGCAAAGCCAUCAAUCUAUCCUGGAGGUCAUCCAACCUUCACUGUCAUGGUUAAAGUUGGAACUCGUGAAUUUCUUGGGGAAGGAGCCACUGCACAGCUAGCAAGGCAUGCUGCUGCAGCAAAGGCAUUAGAUGAAAUUCGUCAAUUACCUCUUCCAGAUGAAAAGAUCUCCCCAGUUUCUGAAAAUGGAACUUUGCCAGUUAAAGAAGAAACUGGGUCAGAGAUAAAGUCACCCAUCUCACUAGUUCAUGAAGUUGCCUUACGACGUAAUCUGACUGUAAAGUUUGAAGUUGUCAGAGUUACUGGUCCACCUCACAUGCGUUCUUUCCACACUGUUUGUACAGUGGGUGAGUUUACUACAGAAGGCAUUGGAAAUGGAAAGAAGUUAUCAAAGAAAAGAGCAUCUGAAAAAAUGCUUGAAGAGUUAAAAAAGCUACCACCUGAAUCACCAUGUGUAGUAGCAGCAGUUGUCCCAGCAAAUGCAAAAGUCAAGCGAAAACCUACACAAAAGAAAAAAUCUAGAAACCUUAUCAAGGAGCCUAAACCUGCAUCACCUGUUGAAAGUCCUACCCAUUCAGUCGUGCCAGAAAAAGAAGAAAUGAACCCUAUUUCUCGUUUGAUACAAAUACAACAGGCUAAGAAGGACCAAGAACCACUGUAUAAACUUGAAGAAGAAAAGGGGGCACCAAGGCGUAGAGAAUUUGUAAUGUCUGUCAAAGUAGGAGAUAUUGUUUGCAAAGGCACUGGACCAAACAAAAAAUUAGCUAAACGAGCUGCUGCAGAAGCUAUGCUGCUUGAAUUAGGAUAUAGCCGUCCUCCAUCUGGUUCAUCAGGAGGAGCUUGUUUGAAAAAUUCUAAUGGAAAAGAAACGAGAAAGGUCCCAGAUACUCCCUCAGUUGGUGGAACUAGUGGGCGACAACUUGUACCAGGUCUCUUAUUAGUUCCAGAUAGUAAUUAUGUUCCACCGGUUAAGGGCACAGUCAUAUCUCCAGCUACCUCAUCCAUGGCUAAAGAACUACUUCAAACUGGAAAAACUGGAGCUGACCCACAAUCGUCUGAAAAUACAACUGUUGUCAGUCCUAAAGAUCAGCUGUUGUACUUAGCUCAAUUAUUGGACUUCAAAGUACAGUUUUCAGAUUUUCCAAAGGGUAAUCACAGUGAAUAUUUGAGCUUGGUAACUUUGUCCACCGCACCCCCUCAUGUUUGUCAUGGAGCUGGUCAUACUGUUGAGGCAUCCCAUGAUCAGGCGGCUCUAACAGCAUUAAAAAUGCUUGCUGAAAUGGGUCUUGAUAUGUUUUCAAAUAAGAAAGAAACUUCUCCUAGCCCAACACCCUCAAACACAGUAGAGGGUUGAUCACUUUGAUAUAAAGUAUGAAAUUAAUGAAAGAAUCACUGAUUGAAUAUUUUGUAUCGCCAAGAUUAGUAAUUUUCUCAUUUUAUUUUACAUUCAAGUCCUCAGAUAACUGCUAUUCAAUUUAUUAGCCUUCCGUUAAUGUUCAGAAGAAAAUAAUUUAAAUGCAGCAUUUAACAUAAGCCAACAGCCAUGAUAAACAAAUAGAUCAGGAUGCAGGUUGCGGCCACCCUGCAUCCAGAUCAUAAUUUUGUGAAUUUAAAAAUUAUUUUGAGCUGGGUUAAUGUUUACUUUGUUAAACAUUACGCCAGUAGGUGCCAAGCAUAUUCAAGCCAUCCAUUAUUGCUUCACAAGCCAGAAGUGAUGCAAUAACAAAGGCUCGGAGGGAGUACAGUCAAUUUCCGUUAGUGCGACCCCACUGGGACCGCGGCCCAAAAACGUUAUAACGGGGAAAUCGUUGUAUCCGAUAGCAUUAACAAGAAAACUAAUGCCAUGGGACGGCGGAAAAAAUCGUUAUAACGGGGAAAUCGUUGUAUCCGGGGGUCGUACUAACGAGUUUUGACUGUAUAAUGUACUGUACCAUCCCUAUUUGCUGCCAAAUUUAUUCUGAGAUUCUGUUUUACAUGUCAUAUACUUUGAUUUCUCUUUGAUUUAACAAUCUAUGUAUAAAGGUAAUUACUAUUCCUCCUCAUUGGCAAAAGGCCAGAUUUGUGUUUUGCAUUUUACUUUUUAAUUUAUGCAGUCUUAGCAUUUGCUACAAAUAGGAUAGAAAGACAUUUUAGUCUGUCUAAAACCUUUCUAAAUCUCUAAGCCUUCACAGUAAGUUGUUGAGAAUUUGCUCUGAUUUGAGCUCAUAUUUGGCAGCAAAGAAGUCAGUAUUGUAUUAAAGAAAUGUUACUGUUACAUGCCCGGCACACAGUAGAAAAAUACUUCAAAAAAGUGUCUUUGUUCUGUGUGCCUAAGUGAUAGGUAUGUCAUAGUGUUGAAUUUAAAGGAACAAUGAGUUUGAACAAUGACUCCUCAUUUGAAGUCAGCAUUUUAACAACCAAAGACUUUGAUGCACUGCAUUAUUAUAUUUUAUAUACUGCAUCAAUAAUGCUAUUUUAAAGAUAUCCAAUUUAUGUCCCAAUAAGAGGGUCAAAUCUCAAAAUGUUUAGGUAAGCCUUUUUUUUUCUUUUUUGAGUAAAUAUUGCUGGAAUCUUGUGGGUUCCCUUAGUUGCUACUUUAAGCUUUGAUUGGUUUUGUCUAUUACCUUCUUAGUGUUUUAUCAAAUGCCUUUUUUGUUUUUUGUUUUGGUAGAAUCUUUCAUUCCUAAGUGCCUAUGUGUAGCUCUGUUACUUUCUUUUUUUUCUUUGUAAGUGUAUGUUGAGUUGUGUACUAGAUCAAGGUACAUUUAAUCUUUAACAAUACCUACUUUUGUGACGCAUAAGACUAUAAUCAUCAAUAAUAUAUUGGCUGUUUGAAUGAAUUAUUCUAUUGCACUUACUUACAAAGUAAGUGUUUGACCAUAACUCAAGGUUUUAUUUCAACCAAAUAAUGCAUUGUGAUGGUUUUAUUUAACUUAUUUUCCCUAUGGCAUCUGAUGUCUGUACAUCAUUUCUACAGUGAUUCAACAGAUAGUAUUUGUAUUCAGUUCAUUUGUUGGUAUUAUUAAUAUCCUCACAUAAUUCAUAUCUGUUUUGUGUUGCAAUUUUUAGCAAUGUCCUUCAUCUCUUCUAUCAAUCAAUUUACUUGUUCCUUUUGUAGUGCACAUGACAUAAGAAAGAGAGGACAUACUUUGUUGACCAUUUAAUAUUUCUCAUUUCUAUGUCAUGUCAAUGAUUGUUGUCAAUCUUUGUCAAUCUCAAAUAGCAAAGAUCAUGUCAUUGUGAUUAGAUUUAUUUCGUUCCAGUAAAUCAGUGAAACUGUUUUAUCUGGCAGUCAAUUUUCCUUAUUUUUACAAAUAAAUUUUUGAAAAACUUU